GGAGCUCUUACUUGUGAAUACCGAACUCGUCGCUCCGGACACAUCACCAGAUGGCUUUGGCCGUGCUCGUGCUGGUGGCCUUCGUGGUCACCGUUUCUGUGGCCAUCGUCCUCAAGAACUGGCGCCUAGUACGCACCAUCGAGAAGCUGCCGGGACCGUUGUUUCUUCCAUUCGUGGGAACAACCUACUUAGUGGCCUUUAGACCGCGAGAAGAAAUAAUGAACGUGUUCGACCGCAUGAGUAAACAGUACUGGCCGCUGUUUCGUACUUGGCUUGGCCACACCCCCGAAGUUCACCUUAUGAAGGCAGAAUACGUUGAGAAAAUAAUGACGAGCAGCGAACUGAUCACGAAGGCCCAUAUUUACACGUUUUUGCAGCCUUGGCUUGGCGACGGGCUACUCAUGAGCACUGGAGCAAAAUGGCAUUCUCGGCGGAAGAUGAUCACGCCAGCUUUCCAUUUCAAAAUUCUAGACAACUUCAUUGAGGUCUUCGCAGAGAAGUCGGAAAUACUGAUCGACAUACUGAAGACCAAAGCUGAUGGAAAACCAUUCGAUAUCUAUCCAUAUAUCACCCGAUGUGCUCUGGAUAUUAUCUGUGAAACGGCGAUGGGAACUUCUGUAGACGCCCAGAGAGGCUCUCAGUCUGCGUACGUGUCUGCCGUCUACAGUACCAGUGAGAUGACCAUUAAGCGAGGUCUGUCGCCAUGGCUACACAGCGAUUUUAUCUACAAGAAGACUGCUGCGGGAAAACAGUUCUUUAAGAAUGUGGAAAUCCUACAAGGGUUCACUAAAAAGGUAAUUAAUGAAAGGAGAUUGUCGAGGCAAUCAAAUAAGCAGAAGACAACAUCAGACAGUAUUGACGAAUUUGGGAGGAAGCGGCGAGUGGCGUUUCUGGACAUGCUGCUGGAAGCUUCUGAGGCAUCACAGAAACUCACUGAUGAGGCAAUACAAGAGGAAGUCGACACGUUCAUGUUUGAGGGCCAUGACACUACGUCGGUCGGAAUGGCUUGGACGCUUUUUCUGCUGGGCCAUCAUCCAGAUGUUCAGGAGAAGGUCUACGCAGAGCUAAAUGAUGUCUUCGGAGGGGAUGCCCGACGGAAUCCUUCGAUGCAGGACCUGAACAACUUGAAGUAUCUGGAGAUGGUGAUCAAGGAGUCGCUCAGGCUCUAUCCCAGCGUGCCUUUCGUAGGCCGAAAGGUUACCCAGGACGUAGAAGUAGGUGGUUACCACCUACCGAAGGGAACAAUGUUACUUUUGCACAUCCGCAAAGUCCACCGCGAUCCUGAACACUGGCCGAACCCGGAGCGCUUCAACCCUGACAACUUCCUGCCAGAGAACGCCCAGGGAAGGCACCCUUACGCCUACGUGCCCUUCAGCGCCGGGCUUCGCAACUGCAUAGGUCAGAGGUUCGCCAUCCUGGAAGAGAAGACAGUGCUGUCGUACAUCUUACGCAAUUUCCGUAUAGAGACGGUGGAGAAACCGGAGGACCUGAGGGUGGUGAGCGAGCUGGUGCUGAGGCCAGUCAACGGCGUCUACGUCCGCCUGACGCCGCGGUAGUGCGGAAGACACUGGACCACAAGUCAUACGCACCAAGUUUCUAGUCCUUAGCUUUAAUUCUGUAAAUAAAGUGCUGUAACCUAUAGCAAUAA